CUCCCUCACCCUCCUUUCCCACACACCCCAGCCGCAAACCCCCAAAUCCGCCCAAAGAACAAUAUACAAAAACACCAGCCAAACACACAAACCCAAGGCAAAGAAGCGCUAGCCACAAACAUAAAGAGAGACUAAUUAGCCACAAACAUAAAGCUAGAGAGGUUAUACAGUUAGCGUGAGACGGAUGUCGGGCGUGUGGGUGUUCCGGAACGGGGUGGUGAAGCUGGUGGAGAACCCGUCGUCGGCGUCGGCGGCGCCCGGCGGCGGCGUGGUGCGGCGGAAGGCGCUGCUGCACACGCCGACGGGGGAGGUGGUGUCGUCGUACGCGUCGCUGGAGCGCCGGCUGCUGGGGCUGGGCUGGGAGCGGUACUACGGCGGAGGGUCGUCCGGACAUGGAGCUGACGGCGGGGGCAUGCUGCGGUUCCACAAGCGGUCGUCGGUGGACCUGAUCUCGGUGCCCAAGGAUUUCGCCCACUUCAGCUCCGUCCACAUGUACGACGUCGUCAUCAAGAACCGCGAGAGCUUCCGCGUCAUCGACGUCUAGCUAAGCUCUCCGCCUCCCUCCGGAUCAGCUGAGCCGGCCGGCCAGUACUGGUUGGUGUAUACUGCUAAUUGUGUGUAUGCAUGUUUGUACAUACUCUAUCUGCACGUAUAUGUACAUCUACGCGUGUAUAAACGUACUCGCUAGCUGUACGUGUGUAGGAGUAUUACAGUAUUAAUUACUGCAGUAUGUGCGUACGCGAUGUACGUGUGUGUUGACAUUUGUGGAUUAGGUAGAUUGUUGAUGUGCGCAUGGUCGUUGGUACCUGGAUCGUGUGCAUGCAUUGGUGUGUGGAUGUAUGUAUCAUCAGGUGCUUAAUUAAUUUCGGCUGGAAUGAAUAAAUAUUGUAAUUCACUCUCCUUCC